UGCCGUUCAAACCCCCCAAGCCGGGCCUCCUCAUCCGCCCCAGCCCCAGCAGCAGCCGCAUCAGCAUCAGCAUCAGCAUCAUCCAAGCCCAGAUCCAAAGCCACCACCACAGCAUCCUCAUCCUCCACCAAACCCAACCCGACACGAAAGAACACCACCACAACCACAGCCUCAUCCUCCAAAACCCGCCAAUCCACCACCACCAAACCCAACAACAAACCCACUCUCCCCCCACCUCCCCCCUCCGACACAGACAACGAAACCUCCGCCUCGGACGCAGAAGAGCAACCCCCCAACAACCCACGCUCCAAACGUCGAAGAACAUCCCCUUCUCGCUCAAACUCAAACUCAACCAACCCCACGCCAUCCGCUUCCCCUUCCGCCUCCCAAACCUCCAACACCUCCAACGCAAACAACAACGAAACGCCCGCUUCUCCCUCCUCCUCCCCGGAACCGGACUACAUCCUCGCAGAGAUCACGCACACCACCGAUCCCGCCGAGGACAUCGUCACGCGCGAGCCCGUCAUUCCCGCAAAGCUGCUGACGCGGCUGCUGCACCACCACUUCCAGCACCCGAAGACCAAGAUGGCCAAGGACGCCAACACGGUCGUCGCCAAGUAUGUGGAUGUGUUUGUGCGGGAGGCGCUGGCGCGGGCCGCGUUCGAGCGCCGCGAGGCCGUCGGCGAGGGGGCCAGUGUUGGGGAUGGGUUUUUGGAGGUUGAGGAUCUUGAGAAGUUGGCGCCGCAGCUUGUUAUGGAUUUUUAG